AUGCACUCCACGCCGCUGGCGAGACCACGCCCAGGCGCGCCCUUGCGCUCGGCGUCCCUCGCCCUGCUGCUCGUCCUCUUCGCCUCGUUCCUCCGCCUGGCAUCAGCCCAAACAAUCACAGAAAUCGUCACCUUCACCACAGGCUCCGCAUCCCUCAACACUCCCACACGCACCCCUCUCGCCGGUGCAAGCGCCUCACCGACCCGCUCUGCAUCCCAAGCCACCAACACCGUCAUCCCAGACCUCCAACUCUCCGGUCCACAGGUCCCCUUCCUCCUCCAAAAACCCAUCCCCUCGCAGUACGACGAUGCCGCCAACAGCGUCACCUCGCGCAUGAAGGACGUCUACUUUACAACCUGCCCCGCAGACCAGGUCAACUUUGUAGACCCACAACUCCGCAUCAACGUCUCCGCCGUCUACACCCAGUUCGAUCCCGACCUCGACCCAUCGCGCGUCCUCGCAGAUCAGAACCAGUACACCUCGGGCGUGCUGCGCAUCGUCGCCGUCGGCGCAACAGAUGCACAGGGCAGCACCGUCAACACCAACGUCACCCCACAGCUGCUCAGCACCCUCUCCGUCGAGACCCAGUUCCUCACCUUUAGCAUCUUUCGCAACGACUCCUACCUCUGCGACAGCCUCUACCCCACCCAACCCGACCCCAACGGCACCACCGUCAAUGGAGUCGUCAUCCAGCCCGCAGGAUGCCUCUACGACCCCGGCCAAGUCUCGCUCGGCCUAGGCAUCCCGCUCAACGACACCUACACCCUCGGAACCCUCUGGACCCGCAUCCGCCUAAGCGACACCUCCAGCCCGCCCCUCGACAUCGCUUGCUUCGAGGUAUACGCCAGCCCCUACGACGACGCAAAGUGGUACUGGGACCUCAUCUUUUGGUUCCCCAUCGCCCUCACCAUCGCUUUCUUCGUUGUCGUCGCCUUGGGCCGCAUCUUUUGCGCGCUCACCUCGCGCGCCAGGGCCUUCAAGAACAAGGCGAGGGAAGGGAGCCAGCCCAACAUCAUCAACGACACCAUCGCCCCCACCCUCGUCUCGUCCCUCUCGGGCCAAAAACUCGCGCUCAGCGCCGCCCUCCUCCGCUUCGCCACCCCAGGCUGCUGGGACAUCAUCCUCCACACCCAGUUCGUCGCCGCCAUCGCCAUGAUCGCCGUCCGCUGGCCCGAGUUCGCCUACCCCUUCCUCAAGCAAGCCGCCUGGUCCACGCUCACCGCCAACGUCACCCUCAUCCGUCCCGCAGAGCUCGACUCUUCCUUCAACCUGCUCGCUACCAACGCUUCUCUGCCCUCCGGCGAUAUCAGCCAGCAGUUCUCCAACCGUACCUCGCCCCUCUACAUGAACCGGCAGGCCGACAACCGCCUCCUCAACCUCGACGGCGCUCGCGCCGGUAUGGACGCCUACGCGCACGCCAUCGGCCUCCGAACGCGCGACCUCUUUGGCACCUGCCUCGCCAUCUGGUUCCUCAUCGUAGCGGCCGUCGUCGCUCUCUCCCUCGCUGCCUGGCUCAUCGAUUCGAUCCACCACACCGUUUUGCGUCUCCAGAAGCGCCGCGAGGACGGCUACGAUCUCGACCUCGCCACCGCACCCAACGGUCUCGAAACCAAGGAGAUCGCAGAGCGCGACGACGACGACCAGCCCCGUUCGUCGCUCAGCCGUCGCGGAGGCUACCGCUUCAUCGGCUCGGCUCGCACACGCCUCUUUGGCGCCACCGACAACACCUUCCACCUCCGCAUGCUCCACGGCAACAUCCUCAGGGCCGUCCUGCUCUUCCACCUGCCCAUCACCAUCUUCACCACCUACCACAUGGCCAACGCCGACGUCUUUUCCGCCACCUCGGUUGCGCUCGCCGGCCUCGCCUUUGCCUUUCUCUCGGUGCUCGCGCCCGCCUACGCCGUGUUUUGCAUCAGCCGCGCGCCUACAACAAAGCUCUACGACUCCAUCGACACGCUCGCCGCCUUUGGGCCGCUCUACAACACCUACAGCCCAGGCUCGCAGCUCUUCUGUGCCGUCGACUUUGCGCGCACCUUUGUGCUCGGCGUCGUCAUCGGCGCGGGCCAGGGCAGCGGCAGUGCACAGGCCAUCAUCGUGCUCGUGUUCGAAAUCAUGUUUGCACUCGCGUGUGGUCUCUGGCUGCCCUGGGGAGAGGGCGCCAUGAUGGGACCCGUCAGCUUUGUCGCCAAUGUGCUGCGCGUCAUCACCGCCGUGCUCGUGCUGCUGCUCAGCCCGCUCGUCGAUUUCGGCCGCGAGCCCGUCGGAUGGCUUACGUACGUGGUGCUGCUUAUCCAGGCCAUCCUCUACGUCUGCGCGGCAUCGAUCCUCGUCGUCAAGAUCAUCGAGGGCGUCGUGCGUCUCGUCGGACGCGCGUCGUUUGACGAGCGCGCCUCGCCACGCACCUCGGGCCUCGGAGGCGCGAUACGCAAGAUCAAGCGCAGAAAGGAGACCAUCCAGCUCACCAAAAAGGGCAAGCGGCUUUCGCAGCAGCAGCUCCAGAAACAGCCGCUGAACCGCGCAGGAUCGACCAACACGCAGACGCUCAUGCUCGCCGGCUCGACGGGCGAAAACACGCCGGCGAUUCCGUCGUCGCCGCGCAGGCUCAGCACGUCGCUGCAGUCGACCAUGUCGAUGAACCGCAUGCCCAUGCACUCGCGCCAGGCGUCGUACGCCUCGUACCUCGACACGCACUUUCAGGGGCGUCGAUCGCCGGCGGACAUGCUCGCGGACACCAACAGCCCCUACUCGACGUAUCUGCGCGGCGACCCGCACGACGAGGGCUACAUCAUGGCUGCGCUGCCUCCGACGGUGGCCAGCGCACGCGCGUCGUCGCCGCCGCCGCAGCUGCACCAGUGGGGUGGGCGUCAGUCGCCGCCUCCUGCGGGCCAGUCGGGAUUCGUGCGCAUGGGCGGGGGAAGAGCGAGCGAUACCUCGCCGUACCAGGCGCUGCAUACGUCGAGCAACGGCCUCAACCGCGCGCUGAGCACGGGCAGCGUCACCGGCGCGCCCAACGAGCGCAUGUCGCCCACGCAGCAGUUUGCGAAUCUGCCGCCCCAGGCACGCAUGCGACCCCGAUCGCACAGCGCCGGUUUCGACUCGUACUUCGACCAGCAUCGACGAUCGUUGCCGCCUCCAGCGGCGGCUGGAGGAGAUGAUAUGGUGGGGCAUUCGAGCACCGAGGCGGUGGCGAGGAAUGCGACGAUGCGACGCUACUCGCAGGGCGCGCAGCUGCGUGCGAGCCAGUCGAUCGCCGGCAUGAUGGCGGUGGACGAGGAAGGGCAGCCGCUCGAAUCCACCAAGAAGCACAAAGGUGGCAAGUUCUGGAAGCGAGGUGGAGGAGCGCGUAGCGACAGCGACAGCGAUGACGAUGACGACGAUGGAGCGGCGGGGCUGGCGCCGUACCGGUCUCGCGGCGGCUGGCGCGGGCUCAACAAGAUGAGCGCCGCCAUGAGCAGUCUAGCUGCGCGGCUCGGGGCGAAAGGCGUGGCGGAGGCGGAAGAGGCCAAUACGAGCCUGGAGCCGCCGGCUUCGGAAGCGGACGGUUCGGCGGCGCGGUCCAAGGGCUUUGAAGUCGUGCGUCCGCAGCGGCCGCGUCGAAGCUCAACGGGCGCAGAGAGGGUGUUGGACUCGGUGACGACGGCGCCACGGCCGCCCAGUCGCGAGAUGGAGGCGUCGGUUAGCGGCGGUGGGCUGCGACGCGGGGUGUCGUCGGCGGCAGAUGCCUACUCGACACCCGCCAGUGGUGGGCUGGACGCACUUGAUGCUGCAUCGGGUACGCUGCCACCGGGUGCGGCGGAGCAGGCGUUGCUGCUGCCGAACCGGUCGUCGGCGCGGCCAGCGUCGGCAGUACGUCCAGCGAGUGCGAGCAAGCCCGCAGUGGACGAGGAGAUGUUCUGGGUGUCCAGGCCCGGCUCUGUAUCGUCGUCGCACAAACUGGCGGCAACGGAUGGGCGAGGGGGGAGACAGCAGGUGUCGACGUCGUCCAACCCGCGCAUCGCCGAACCCAUGCAGGCCGAGGUGGUGGAUGCGGAAGAGUCGGACGAGGCGCCCACGCCCCCCGUGCAGCCGUCGCGUCCGGCCAUGUUUGAUGCAGACGGCAGACUCGUCGAGGCUGCUAUCGACUUUGACCGCCCCGCGGCGGGUGGCGCGAGUGUGCAAACGCAGCCGCAGCUGCAGCCGCAAACGCAGCCGAGGGUGUGGGAUGCAGCCCAGGCGUACAAUGCGCGCGCGCCAUGA